GGCGAGGUAACACGGCGCGAGAGGUGGUCCGUGGUGUGGUGGGUGCGUACAUGCGGCGUUCGCUACUUUGCUCGGCCUCAUCCGUCCGUUCGUGAUUUCAGUGAUUCGUCGUUGUGCAAGGUCGACGAGGUGGUGUCGCGACCAAAGGACAUCGCGGGGUUUCGUAGUUCACGGACGUGUGUCCACUGUAUUUCGUCGUUUAGCUCGUGAAGAAGGUGGUGGCCGAUCUUUCCCACCACCUUGCCCCACCCCGCUACUACGCGGACCCUCUCUCUGGUGCCCCGCGUGCGUGAGCGCGCGUCCUCCUAUCCCGUCCGCAGGUACAAGCCCAGACGAAGAAUAGUGAAUUACGAUGUAAACGAAGUCAGCGAAGAGGCAAGCAGGUCUCCCUCUCAAGGUUUUAUCGCCCAUCCCUCUUCGCCUCGUCGUGAAUCGAGGAGGGUGGACUCAUCGCGGUGUGACGACCCAGCGACGAGGGUGAGAGGAGGCUCGCGAAGAGGUACCUUUUUUUCUUCGUCGGAGUCCCGCUCCGACAUCGGUGACGUCGGCGUUUCUCUCGGUGCACGAGAAACUGUGCACGGACAAGCAUGUCGGGGGCGCCGCAGAUGUCCAGCGGGCUGAGCAAGCUGAAGAAGAAGCACUUCCGGGUGAAGCAUCAGAAGGUUAAGCUGUUCCGCGCGAACGAGCCGCUGCUCAGCGUGUUUAUGUGGGGCGUCAAUCACACGAUAAACGAACUUAGUCACGUUAACAUUCCGGUAAUGCUCUUGCCAGAUGAUUUUAGAGCUUACAGCAAGUUGAAAGUGGAUAAUCAUCUCUUCAACAAAGAGAACAUGCCCUCCCACUUUAAAAUCAAAGAAUAUUGUCCAUUAGUCUUUAGGAAUUUGCGAGAAAGGUUUGGAAUAGACGAUUUGGAUUACAAGGAGUCGAUGACAAGAUGUCGGGUGUUUAAUCCCUCGCGAGCAAAGCAGCGUACGGAUUUGGUCGAAGGAAUAGGCAGAAGGACACGUCAAUUGGUUCAACGCGCCGCUACCGUUCCGUCGAUUACCCUUUCUUCCCCCUCUUCUGCCUCCCCUCCGCAUAAUUCCAUUCUAAACAAACCGCUGCGUAUUUGCAGCCUUAAACCGAAACGCCUGAGAUCGCAACCGGUGCUUGACGAUUCGUCCGGGAAGAGUGGCGCGAAAUUUUAUCAAUCUUACGACAAGCUAUUCAUAAUUAAAACUCUCACGAGCGAGGAAGUGGAGAGGAUGCACUCGUUCCUCAAGCAUUAUCAUCCUUAUAUCGUCGAGCGGCAUGGAAAGACACUGUUACCGCAAUAUCUGGGAAUGUACCGACUAACUGUCGACGGGGUGGAGCACUACGUGGUCGCCAUAAGAAAUGUAUUUUCAAAUCACCUGACGACGCACAAGAAGUUCGAUCUGAAAGGUUCAACGGUUGACCGGGAAGCGUCGGACAAAGAGAAGGAAAAGGAUCUCCCUACUUAUAAGGAUAACGAUUUCGUUAAAGAGGGCAUGAAGAUUUACAUCGGGGAAGAGGCCAAAGCUAAGCUAAUAGAAACAUUAACCGCCGAUGUAGACUUCUUGACGAGAUUACACCUGAUGGAUUACUCCUUGCUACUCGGCUUGCACGAUUGCGCGCGCGCCGAACAGGAGAGCAGAGAGCGUGCGGAGAGGGAGGACGACGAGGACAAUCACGAGGAGGAGGACGACAGCGAGUCCGGUAGUGGACUGGAGUCUCGAGGUCCAGUGGUAGACCGCUUAUGGAGUUGGAGCGGCGUUGGCCACGCGGUAACCAACAUGGCAACGCCUCCCGAGUCACCACAUGCUGCAUUGAUGCGUGAUACCAGUCUACAAUACGAAGACGCGAUAAUACCCGAGCUAGAUAUUUACGCUAUUCCUAGUAAAGAAGGUGCUCCCACAAAGGAGAUUUAUUUUCUGGCCAUAAUAGAUGUGCUGACGCAUUAUGGCGUGCGUAAGCAAGCAGCGAAAGCGGCCAAGACCGUCAAAUACGGUGCUAAUGUCGACGGUAUAUCCACCUGUGAUCCAGAACAAUACGGCAAACGAUUCAUAGAGUUUAUGAGCAAAGCCAUAGAGUAAAAGAGUAUUAUUAAUCGUUGUUGCAUAAAAUGAGUCUACGACGAUAUUACCGCUUACUGAGUACUGUCGGAAUGAAAUCGAAUUGAUCGCGACCCGCACGCGACAGGAAGGGAGAGUCCCUCCUCCCCGAAGAUCGAAUUGAUGCACAUCUUCGUUCGGUUUGGCUUCUCGGUACCAAGUUAUCUUCUUAACAGCGUUUUCACUUUGUGGUUUUCAUACGCGAUCGAAUAAAAGCGCGUUAACGAAUCGCUUAUUUCGCGAGCUCUUUUUAAGAACGCGUCCUUUCCUAAUAUCUAUUAUGUCGAUAUUAUAUUUUGCUGGCUGGUGAGAGAUUUUUAUUCUCUAUAAUUACUUCACGUCUACGUUGCUUUGUUUAGUCAGUCUUCACGGUCGGUCGUGAAGAAGUGUGAUUCGAAGGUGAUUUAUUCAGUUUGUCGCUUGAAAAAUUUCUCUUUCUUCGUGAUAGAAAAACUUUUUAAUCGCACACAGCGUUAAUACGUGUUCACUUGCAAACGCGCGAGAAUUUUCAUAUAAAGUGGAAAAAAACGAUGCCUCCUCUUUUCUCUGUCGCUCAUAUCUUCUUUUCUUGUCGCACACGUCUCGAAGAAAGCGAUAGUAUAUCUUCGUAUUGUUCCGAUGAAUCUCGUGACAAAAAAUUAACGGCAUUGAAGUGUACACCAAUUGGAUGGGCAGUAUUAUCUGCGGAUUGAGAUAAAAGAAGUCGCACACAGAUUCCUUAUCUGCUAAUAUCAGUAGUUGUAAUGUCUGAAAAUAUAUUAGCAGCAGUUUCUCUCUCUUUUUUUUUUAAUAGGACUGAUUAACAGAUGUGAGUCAUGCUGUAUGCUACAGAGAUAUCUAAACUUGAUGUGUUACCGUUGCAGUAAAUCUCGACCGAGCAUUGCGGCGCUUGCCAAGUGUAGAACUGUCUGGGUACGCGCCUAAUCAUUUUAUCAUAUAAGAUGUAAUUUUAGUAGCUCAAGACGAAGCUAUACGAAUGUCCGUUGUUUCGCUGAAGUUAUCGAUAGUGAUAUAUACUUCGCAAUGUCGAGAGAUAAUGUAUACUCAGCUAAAAGGUUGUUAAUAAACACUUUAUUUUGA